GUAGUGUGUCUGCGAUUGGUGAGCAGAGGAUGUCAUCGCCAGGGUCCAAGCUCCCUCUGCUGCUCUAUGGCAUCCUCCUGUGCAGCUCCUUUGCUCCGCUGCCAGUCAUCAGCAGUAAGAGACGGAGCAUAGGGAGUGGCGGGCCAGCGGCACGGGACAGCGCCAGCUCCUGGGACAAAAGGGAGGAGACAGCUAGAGACGGAGAAUACCUACUGGGGAUAAAGAGACUGAGAAAGCUUUACUGUAACGUGGGCAUUGGCUUCCACAUUCAGGUCUUACCGAACGGCAAGAUCACAGGCGUGCAUAAUGAAAACAGAUACAGCCUUCUAGAAAUGUCCCCCGUGGAGAGAGGAGUGCUGACUCUGUUUGGAGUGAGAAGCGGCCUCUUCAUCGCCAUGAGCGACAAAGGGAAACUCUACGGCUCGGGCCACUACAACGAUGAAUGCAAGUUCAAGGAGAAUCUCUUGGCCAACAACUAUAACGCGUAUGAAUCAGCUGCCUACCCUGGCAUGUACAUCGGCCUCAGCAAGACCGGCAAGACCAAAAGAGGCAACCGGGUCACACCCACCAUGACCAUGACACACUUCCUUCCCAGGAUAUGAAUUUUAAGAUCAAAACUCUGAGCAGUACAGAAGAAAGCCAAGGCCACUGUGUUCUCCUUCUACAACUAACACAACGCAACACAAACUGCUGCACUUUCAAACGUUUUUGCCCAAUCACGAGCUAACCGGCGCUGUAGGCAACGUUUACACCGACCAAAGAACAGUCAUGUGGCUUCAACAUGGCUGUGAAUGAAGACUCCAAUGGCCAGAAUACAAAGCAGUAUGAGUGUUAACAUUGUUAUCAGUAAAAAUAGCAGGUGCUCGACUGAACUAAUCAGGGCCCAAAUCAUUAUUAUCGUAUUUGAGUUGUUUCCAUUACCAGUCUCAGGUAGCUGAGGUGGUGGCCAUAUAAAGCACCCAGCUACCAGGGAACGUUCCCACCACAUUGGCUAACGUUACCCACAAGUUCUAAUAACAUUUUAAAGGAACUGUCAAACUCGGUUCAGAGAAGGUUUAAAGCCCAGUUCAGACCAAAGAUUCGCAACAGGACGAAACUGAUUAGAACGUUGCAGGGAAAGGUUGCAACGGUCUGAACCGGCC